AUGACUCGCAUGUGCUCCUCGCGCCUCUACCUGCUCUCCACGAGACUCAUGUCCACCGCCGCCCCCAGGAUCGUGCAGGCUGCGGCCGUGGGCAAGCCGCCCAACCUCCUGGCUGCCUCUUUGACCUUCGAGGAUCCCAGCGCAUUCCGGGUGAAGAGCCUGAAAGAGUUGUGUCGCGCCUUGGCCGUGUUCCGAUUUUGCUCCUUCCCCGUGCUUGUCAACAACUGCAACAAGCUGAUGUCGGCGGCCCGCAGCAUUCUGGGCAGGCGCGUGUUCUCCUCGCUGAUGAGAUCCACGGUCUACGCUCAGUUUGUGGCCGGCGAGAACGAGAAGGAGAUUUCGGAGUCCAUGGAGAAGAUGAGCACGUUGGGACUGAGGCCCAUGCUGGCGGUUCCCAUCGAGGAAGACCUGGGGGAGAGCACGGGAGAGAAGAGAUACGACCAGAACAUGGACGCCAUGUUGGAAUGCGUGCGAAUGUCCCACAGCAACGCUUGGAGCAAAGAUCCCAUGAUGCAACUGAAGGUCACGGCCCUGCUCAGUCCUGAGCUAUGUGUCAAACUCACCAAGGUCAUUUCGAAACAAGCCUAUGACUUGGACCUCCUGGUCAGAGCCAUGGACGGCGAGGAGGUGGCGUUCCCCAGUUUGGCGGAGAGCGAGGCGGCGCAUUUCCGCUGCAGCUUGCGGAGACUCAACAGGAUAGCCGAGGCUAGCGUGAACAAAGUGCGGGUGCUGGUGGAUGCCGAGUACACCUACAUGAACCCUGCGCUGUCCCUCGUUACCAUGGCAAUGAUGAAGAAGUUCAACAAAGACGGCGUCUGGAUCUGGUACACGUUCCAGUGUUACCUGAAGGAGACCAGGACGCUCCUGCUGGAGGCGAUCAGUCGAUCUCGGGAAGAAGGGUUCCGUCUGGGGGUUAAGCUAGUGCGAGGAGCUUACAUGGACAAAGAGAGGAAGUUGGCGGCGAAGGAGGGCCGGCCGGACCCCGUCCAAGACCGCUGGGAGGACACAAAUGACAAUUAUAACAGCUUGCUGGAGGUGCUGCUGAGGCACAUCGCCGAGGACCCGCAAGGCUACAGGAUCAUCGUCGCCACACACAACGAAGAGUCCGUCAGGCGGGCGGCUGAACGGGUUGAGGAACUGGGCAUCGACAAAGCAAGCGGCUCCGUGUGCUUUGGUCAGCUUCUGGGGAUGUGCGAUCACGUUUCUCUCACUUUAGCCAAGGAGGGCUACGCCGUGUACAAGUCGGUCCCGUACGGCUCCGUGGACGACACCCUGCCCUACCUGGUGCGCAGGGCCCAGGAGAACCAAACGGUGCUCAAGGGCAUCCGCAAGGAGAGGGACCUGCUCAGGAAGGAGCUCCACAGGAGACUCGUGUCAAGAGGGCGCUAGAAGCGUCCCGAGUGGCCGGGGGACAAACGCGUGAGCUUAUUUUCUUUUCACUCACAUUUGUGCACACCCGAAUCCAAACAAAUACACGAGCCAUCGCCAGCA